GGUACACCGCCAACCGCAAGUUGUACAGCGCUGCUGCGAGUCUCAUCGUGUGCUCGCAGCGCUUAUUUUCGACAACUUUGACUAUGAUAUACAUCAGAUACCAAUGUUGUCAGGCUGUCUGGUGUGUGCUUAAUUCUUUGAUUUUCGCUUCUCUGAGCUCUUGUAAAAGUGUGUUGCUUGUCGUCUCGAGAGGAAGCCUAUCUGACAGAUUUUUUGAUUCGGACUCAUUCUGGGCUAAUACGAACAGAGGAGGUAAUAAGGAACGAAGCGAUGAUGCCGAGACAUCCUCACUCCCAAGCUGCGGAACUGUACACAGGCAUUGCUGACAAUGCAGGGCCAGUACCCAGCCUGAUGUCGCUGGUACCGGUAAAGCCAACCUCCCACGAUGCAGAAUAACCUUCAGAUCCCAGAGAGGCCAAAUAAAAAACGAUACAAGCCAUGUUUCAUGUGUUUCCAG